AUGUACGAGGGUCCUGAUCAUCUGAAUUCUAGAAGAAGUCAUGCUCGACAUCCGACACGACACUCAGCACGUCGCUUGUUUCCAACAUCAUCCAAUGAGGACACGACAACCAACGCACUCUCCUUGGAAAUACCCACAGCUCAAGAUACCGAAGAAGUUGGGGCCUUGUUUGCAGCGGUUCUUCUGAAAGACUGCUUUCGUGAUGGAAUAAGAAAUGAACAGAACUUUCUAAAAGGGACAACCAUAUUUCUGGAUGGUGACCUGGGGGCAGGUAAAACAGCCUUUGCUCGGGGGUUUCUCAGGUCUGCAACAGGAGAUGACAAUCUGCGAGUCACAUCACCAACUUUUUUGCUAGUCAAUGUAUAUCCAAUCUUGGGAGGGAGUUUAGAAAUCCACCACAUGGACGUCUAUCGAUUGAAGGGAGACCCAGAGGAUUUCAAACCCCUGAACUUGGAUCAUGUCUUUGCAAAACAUGUUUCACUGAUCGAAUGGCCACAGCGAUUAGGAUCCGUCCCAGUUCCAGAAGACAGACUGGAUAUCAACAUUCGAAUCCUGUCAGAUGAUGAUGAUGAUGACGCCACAGAGACCGGUAGCAACAUUUCUCGCAUGAUGACAAUCAAUCCACGAGGACCUUUGUGGGAGGAUAGAUUGAAGGAAAUCGUUGACGAAGGGUAUUUGGAGGACCUCAUACUGUAG